CCUGCAGUGAAAUAAUUUUAAGAUGUAGGGUUUUUGCCUUUAAACCCUAAUGAGAUUACAUUGAUUUACAGAUCAAUUUAGUAGUUGAACCCAUACUUGUUUUUCACACAGUGUUGGUUCAAUUUGAACAUGCCCCAAAAUCAAAGGCGCAUGUGAAAGGCUAUAUUAAUCGAGGAAUCCAUAGAUAAACGCCGCCGUAACCGCACCACACCUACCCUUCUUCUCCACUGGUAGUAACAAUGGUGAAGGGUGAAGAUGCUGUGCUUCGAAAGAAGAACAAAAAGCUUCGAAAGAAGAACAAUAGCAGCUCUGCCUCAGUCUCUGCCAAGGUCGCCGCCGUUAUCGCCGCCAAGAAGCGCCGCAAGGCCGGCAAACGUCGCAUGUGCCAGGGGAUGUGUUUUAGUCUACCUACGCCGGAGGAUCCAUUCAAUGAUCGAGGUGGGAAAGAGGAAUUCCAAACAAAGGGUCCUAAAAAGAAUACACAUUUAAAAUCAAAACCAAUAGAUGAGAUGGUUCGUCUUAAUGAGAAGAGUGCAGAUGGAAAGAAAGGUGCAGUUCAUGAGAGGAAUAUUGCACCGGAAUUGCAAAGGAAAAAGGAGUUUGUCAAAGCCAACAAUGAUCUGGGUCAGAAACGUAUCAUUAACUCAGAAAGGAAUAAAUUUAAGGCGACUGAGAUGGCUCAUCAUCCCAGCACCCAAAGGCAUGAUUGUGACAUUUCAGAGUUCCCUUCUAAGUUUGUCUUCUGGUGUCUAAGUUCAAUUGAAAACGCAUUGCGACAUGGUGAUGCCUACACUGAUGGAGAGGGUAAUUCGUUCUUUCUGAAUCCAUGGGGAUUAGAGUUUUUAAAGUGUUAUUCUACUGGAAAAGAUCUGAUGGAGACCAGUGGGACCUCUGCUACAACUGAGCAAAUUGCAUGGACGGUUUCUAGUGCAGCUGAUACGUUUAGCAGAAAAGAGAGAGAAGGCUUGUCCUUUGCUGGCCCUUUUCUUUUAUUCCUUGUACCUUCUCAAGAAAAAGCUGUCCAGGUUCGGACAGUUUGCAAGCCUUUGAAAUCUGUUGGAAUACAUACAGUGAGUAUUCAUCCAGGUGCUUCAUUAGAUCAUCAAAUUCAAGGUAUGAAAACUUGCGAGCCUGAGUUUCUUGUUUCUACUCCUGAGAGGCUUUUGGAGCUUGUUUCUGUGAAGGCAAUUGAUAUUUCUGGUAUUUCCAUGCUGGUAAUCGAUGGGCUUAAUGCAAUAUGUAACGCUGGCCACGCUGAUACAUUAAAAUCCAUUAAGAAGUGUAUUUCUGGCAAUCCCCAUAUGGUGAUUUUCAAUGAUUGCCUCAGCCACGUAUCUGUCCCAGUGGUUCAGUAUCUUCUGACUGGAUCAAUUUGUCGACUCUCUCUCAAUAAUUCAAUUACCAGCCUAAGUUCAUGUACUGUCCAGUCUGUUACAGUGUGUACAUCAGAAGAAGAUAAAGUUAUUAAGAGUGUGAAGGCUCUGGAUCAAUUUCAGAACAGCCGUACUCAGAAUUCUAACAUGCUAUAUAUUUUAAGGAAAGAUGUCAAGUGCCAUAAAUUGCUCAAGAUUCUCAAAUCCAAGGGUUGUUCCAUUUGUCUUGAUUCUGAUUCAGCAAGUUUGGAUGAUAGUGUGGAUUCAGACAAAAAAGAAGUGGUUUCUGCCAUUGCUCUGGAGCAUAUCUCUACCACAGAUAUAGGGACAUAUGAUGUAGUAAUCCUACCUAGUUUUGUACCUUCCAUUGACACUUAUGUGCAUAUUUUAACUAACAUGGCUCGACAAAGUGCCAAGGGUGUAUUGUACAGUUUCUUAACUAAAGGAGAUAGUGAACUUGCUUCAGCCCUCAUUACAGUUCUUGAACAAUGUGGUCAGGAUGUCCCUCAGACCCUGUUGGAUCUGCGUCAUUCAUCAAACAUGGUUGAAAAUUGAAUGUAGAAGGUGUUUUGAACAUCAUUUUCUCAUGUUCAUUCUGUCUCUGUGGCUUGGGAGGUCAAACUUCAAUUUCAUCUACUUUUUUGGAAUUUAGGCUCGAAGCUGAGUGGAAGAGGUGAUAGGUGUCCUAAGUUUGGAAUUAGGAAAUCUUGCAGGACAUGAAGAAUCCUAUUCAGAAAAUUUUGCAAUAUUUUGCAUGGUUGUUUUUAAAAUGUAUUUUUUAUACUGUUGAAUAAUGGACAAAGAGUUAAGCUCGGUAA